CUUUGAUGAUGCGUGCGAGUACAUGAUAUUACGAUCACCAUUCACCGGUCACCACACGCUACAGCAAUAAAUUCGCAUAAGACACCAGCCCGGCACCGCACGCACUUGCACGGCUCGACCGGCACGGUGCACGCGCAGCUCGCCACUUUGCUAGCAGCUAGCUGUAUGUCCAUGCCCAUGGCCUCCUCCUCGCCGCCCCCGGUGCUCCGUCACGUGGUCAUGCUCCCCUUCAUGGCCAAGGGCCACGCCAUGCCGCUCCUCCACCUGACCCGCCUCCUCCUCUGCCGGGGCCUCGCGUCGGCCGUCACCUUCCUCGCCACACCGCGCGACGCGCCCUUCAUCCGCACCGGCGCCCCCCGCGCGGCCGCCGUCGUCGAGCUGCCGUUCCCCUCCUCGGCGGCAGGCCCGCAGAGCAUGGAGGACCUCCCUUCCGCGUCCAGCUUCCUCGACGUCGUCUCCGCCUCCGCCGCGCUCCGACCGGCGUUUGGGGACGCACUGGCGGCGCUGGACCCUCGGCCGGACCUGCUCGUCCACGACGGGUUCCUCCCGUGGGCCAAGGACACCGCCGACGAACUCGGCGUACCGCGGCUCGUCUCGCUCGGCAUGGGAGCCUUCGCCUCCUGCGUCCCGAUGGCCGUCCUGGCGCAGAAGCCACACGCGCGUGUGAGCUCGCCGUCGGAGCCGUUCGAGGUCGACGGCUUUCCGGGGCUCCGGUUCACCAAGGCGGACCUGAGCCCGCCCUUCGACGACCCGGAGCCGGCCGGCCCUCACUGGGAUUUCAUCUGCGAGAGCGGCAGGGCCAUGGGCUCGAGCCGGGGCAGUAUCCUCAAUUCCUUCCAUGAGCUCGAGUCAUUCUACAUAGACAAGUGGAACCGUGAGAUGCCGCUCAACAAGAUGUGGCCGGUCGGUCCGCUCUGCCUUGCCGGCGAACCGGUCCGGACCUUGGAUUCAGAUAUAGCCGCCUGGCUUGACUCAAGGCUCGCGAUGAACCGCCCGGUUCUAUACGUGGCAUUCGGUUCGCAGGCUGACCUGAGCCGGUCACAACUUGAGGAGAUGGCAAUUGGCUUGGACCGGUCGGAUCUGGACUUCAUAUGGGUGGUUCGAUCGAAGUGGUUCGGUCAAGACGAGCCAUUCCAAGGCAGGUUCGGUGACAGAGGUAAAGUGGUGAAAUAUUUUAUCAACCAGCUCGGUGUUUUGAGCCAUAAAGCUAUCAAAGGCUUUUUCAGUCAUUGCGGGUGGAACUCGGUGAUGGAGAGCAUCAGCAUGGGUGUCCCCAUCCUCGCGUAUCCAAUGGCGGCAGAGCAGAAGCUAAACGCAAAAUUCGUUGUCGAUGUGCUCAAAGUCGGAAUCAGAAUUUGGCCGUCGAAAAUGGGGGACGGUGGCCCUGGAAGCGAGCUGGUUCCGAGCGAAGAUGUGCAAACGUUGGCUAGAGAGUUGAUCCUGGGAGAGGGAGGGAAAUGUGCGGCCGCCAAAGCGAGUGAGCUCGCAACCUCGGCUAGAGCCGCUAUGGAGACGGGCGGGUCGUCGUUUGAAAGCCUAGAGCUGAUGCUCCGUGAGGUGUGUGAGAUUGGAAGGCCGGAGGCUAAAGAGUGAUCAGCAGCUAUCGUCUUCAGUGCUAAGACGGUGUUUGGUUCGUAGUAUGGUAAUGUAAAUGCAAAUGAAAUGGAUCGUAGUCCUUUCAACUAUGAAAUGUGCGACUAAACUCUUUGUUUGGUUCUACUGCGGUAACGUAAUCAAAUAGCAUGCUUCUUCUA